GAAAUAAUGAAAUUAUUUUAUCAUAAUUUGAUAAUUUUUGUUAAUAUUUUAAUUACUUACACUAGAAGGCUUCAAGUUAUUUAUACUUGUUUCUAUAUACAAAGACUUAUGAACUUGAAAAUUUUUUAUCUCAAAAUUCUUGACAUUUAUAUUUUAUUCAUCCUUACUUUUAAUUGUUAAAUAUACUCAUCUAUUACUACUAAGUUACACUUGUAUUCUUGUAUUUUAUAUUUUUUCUUAUUUUUUUUUACAAAAGCUAGAAAAAAAAAAGUAUUAUCUGUGAAAAAUUAUUAUAAUAUUUAUAAUUU